CAAUAAGUCAACGAAGGUGAGAAGAAGCACAACAGCAACAAGCUUUGUAAAGACGGGACAAGCUUUUGAAAAAGGUGGGGCUCGAAAGCUUCGCCUCAAAGAUCGCCCUCAACGACGCGGAGCAGCAGUUAUAAAAAGUGACUAUUUCCCUUCAUUCUAUCAUAUCAGUCCCUACCUUACCCCAGAUCAUCCUUGCUGAAGUCAAUUAAUAAUUAUAAUCAUGCUUUUGCAAUCAUUGCUCGCUAUUGCCGCCCUUGGCGGCGUAUCGCUUGCUUCUGACAAGAAGGGAUCCAAGACGGUAUACAAGCAUGUCGUGGCGAUCAGCAUUGAUGGUCUGCACAGCUCUGAUGUGCCCAAGUAUGUUGCACUUCGCCCAAAGUCGACUAUUGCGGAGCUCCUCGAGACUGGCUAUGAAUUUACCGACGCAUACACAUCUGCUCCUUCGGAUUCGUUCCCAGGUGCGAUGAAUUUAUUCUCGGGUGCGAGCCCAAGAACCCACGGUGUCUGGUACGAUGAUACCUAUGACCGGAAGUUCUGGCUGCCAUUUUCUACUACGGGCACUAACUGCCAGGGUCCUGCUGGUGCUGAAGUUGCCUUUGAUGAGAGUAAAGAUUAUGAUUCGACGCUCCUUUACUCCGGUGGCAUCAACCCAUUGAACCUUCCGCAAACCCUCGUCAAUGGAGUCUGCACAAACGUGUACCCUCACCAGCGUUCCCGCGUCAAUACAGUCUUUGAAGUCGUGCACGAGGCCGGCCACCAAACCGCUUAUACUGAUAAGCACCCUGCCUACGACCUUGUCCGUGGCCCAUCAGGCAAGGGUCUUUCCGUUGGCUACUUCCCCGAGAUCGCGGCCGUCCCAGUCACCACCGACGCGACCAUUGCAUAUGACCAGCUGCACGUGAACGCGUUUAUUGAGUGGAUCAUGAACGGCACCACCCCGGAGCACUCCGAGGUCCAAGAGAAGCUGACUGGUGUCCCAACACUCUUCGGAGGGAACUUCCAGGCCGUUUCGGUUGCACAGAAGACGAGCGGUUAUGUGGCCAAAACCCUUGACUUCACACCCCAGCUCCUAAAGGCUCUCGACUUCGUCGAUGCUUCUCUGGGUCAAAUUGUCGCCGCCCUCAAGGCUAAGGGUGUCUACGACGAGACAUUGAUUGUUGUGGCCUCCAAGCAUGGGCAAGCACCCAUUGACCCAACAAAGUAUGCGAAGAUCAAUGGCGAUCUGGUCUCCGCCGCCACUGGUGUCGACGUCCUUCAUGCCACCACCGACGACAUUGCUCUGAUCUUCCUUAAGGACCAAACCAAGACAGAGACAGCAGUUGCAGGUCUUAAUAAGCAACGCAAAGCCCUACAGAUUGAGGAUAUUAUUUACGGCGAUCGCCUCGUCGACCUUGGCUACGGCAACCCGCUGACCGAUUCUGCGGUACCGGACAUCAUUGUCAGGCCGACCGAGGGCAUUAUUUACACUACGAGCACUGCAAAGAUUGCUGAGCAUGGCGGUAUCAAUGCGGAUGAUAGGAAGGUGGCUUGCUUCGUUAGCGCACCGGGGCUCAAGAAGACCAAGGUCAACCAUGAGGCGUCCACGAAACAGAUUGCGCCAACGAUUCUCAAAGCGCUUGGUUUAGAUCCUAAGGCUUUGAAGGGUGCUGUUGCUGAGGAUACGAAGGUUUUGGCUGGGUUUUAGAGCGUAUCACUUGGAUACAGUAUUCUAGUUUGACAAGGUUACCACCGAUCUUGGAGUAUGUAUUGACAAGGCA